AGCAGCUCCAAAACCGCCGCCAUUCCCGGCCCCGCUCCCGCCGAGCACGCGCACAACCCGCGCCGGGGGCGGGCCCGGCGUGUCCCCCCUUGCCGCGGGGGCGGCGCCGAGCGGGGAUUCCCGCCGGGGAGGCGGGCGGGGGCCGCGCCCCCUCCCCAUGUCAACACGCGGGGCACGGGGCGCCUGCGCCGGUCCGUGCGCGUCUUUUCCUCUCAUGCGCGGUAUUUCCUUCCCCAGCAGGGCUCGGGGCCCGGCCUAGCGGCGGCGGCACCCGCGGGCCAGGGCGCAGGGUAAGGGCAGCGGCGUCCCGCCCUCCCCGCGGCUCCUCGCCCGCCCGGCGACACCCGCGACGGAGGAUGGCCGAGGACUCGCCCAAACGGCGCAAGGCGAACUUCAACGAGGCGGAGACGGAGGUGCUGAUCGAGCAGGUGCUGAAGCACGAGCAGCUACUGUUCGCGGCGGGACCCGGCCGCGCCUCCGCGGGCCAGAAGCGGAAGGUGUGGGAGCUGAUCCGGCACAAGGUGAACCCGGUGGCCGCCUGCCCCCGCGACGUGGAGGACCUGAAGAAGCGCUGGCGGGACCUGAAGCGCCGCGACCGCAGCAAGCUGUGCCGCCUCUCGCAGGGCUGCGGGCCGCCGGCGCCCCCCGCCCUCGGCCUCCUCCUGGCCCCCGAGGAGCUGCCGCCCGCCGCCGCGCCGCCCGCCCGCCGCCAGCGCCGCCCCUACGGCUCCCUGCUGCCCGCCGAGGCCGUGCCCAUCGUGGGCGGCAUCGACACGCUGGAGCUGCCCGGCGCCGUCGUGGGGGACAUGGGGUUUAAUGGCAGUCCUGGCCCAUCUCAUCAAUCCAGUCUUGAGCAGAUGAACCUCAAAGAAGAAAUAGUAGUGAAGGUGGUAGAGCCAGAAGAAAACUCUGAGGACAUGGUAGUGGUUCCACCUAGUCAAGAACAACUGCCUUUCCUGGGGACGUCGGGCGGUGGUUCCUCUGGGAAAGUAAAAGCCAAAACAAAAGGCAGGUGCCAGGCAGACCAAAAUGAAAUGACUGAAGAGGACCUACUGCAGAUUCAGCAGACCCAAAUACAGGUGAUCCAGUCUGGCUUUGACAGUGUCAACCACAAUCUUCGGCUGCUGCAGCAAGGCAUGCAAGAUCUGAAUAACAGCAUCAGCAUCAUGGCACAUACACUUGUUGCUAUCAAGAACGUCUAUGUGAAAAACAACACUGGCCCAACCACACAUGCCACUGCAUCUACUCAGACCACAGCUGGGUACCUGAGCCCAGGAUCCCCCCAGCUCUCCCCUGCUAAGGACAGAGCUAGAGCACAUGUGGCUGGAAGCAGCAGCAGAAGCAGCAGCUGCAGCUCCAGCUCCAUGUCACAAGAACCAGGUCCUUCCGAGUUUCCCAGGCCCCCCCUGAGACCCAUUAAGAAAGAACAUCCAAAUGGCUGCUACUACUUCUGCUUUGCAGAUGUGUAAAAACUUGAAUAGUUGUAAAAUGACUGUGUUGUUGGGUGCUAAUGUAUGUUCUGCUCCGGCCUGUGACUUCGAAGGAGCAAAAUGGACUUGCCUCCCAUGUUUUUCCCAGUGGGAAACAUUUUGCUAUAGGUGGCAUUAAACACUAAUUACCAGUCUCCAGUUAACUCUGUUGCAGUUGGCUAAUAAAUUUCUUCUCUUUUCUUUAUCCUCUUAUUCUCUAAAAAAACCAAACAUUUAUUUUGAGUAAGACUUUUGUCUGUAUCAUCCUUUGUUUAAUGUCACCUUAUGAAAAAUAAAAGGCAUGAGAGUGGGGUAAAAAAGUAACAUUAUGGUUACUACCACCAGGAGCUAUCUUACAGAAGUUACUUGGUUCUUGGAUUAAACAAGCCUCAGAAGUAGCUGGCUUUUUAAGUACUUCCCUUUUCUAAUAGUUAUGUUGGGGCUGUUUGCUUGGUUGUUGUUAUUGAGAUUUUAUAAGUCUGAGCUGUGCAUCACAUGAGGAAUUUGAGUUACUUGCUUAUUCUAGGAAUGGUUUAGCACUUAGCAUUCACUAGCAUUCAUGAGUGCCCUCCUCAGAAGUCAUACAGCAUUGUUCCACUUGGCUGUUGUUCAUUCCCAGCUUGUCAAAUGCACCUUCUCUUCAGAGACAUUGUGUUUUACUGCACUAGCAGAGUAGUCUCUUUUUUUAACCAGUCACAUGGUUAAAAUAGAGAAGUACAGAAAAAUAAGGAAUGGAUGAGUGAUGCUUGUUUCUGACAUAUUAUAUGUAGGCAUAUAAUUUCUGACAGAUUAUAUGUAGGCUGUAUCUUCAUCUGAUUUUGUUAGCCUUAUGGAAUCAAUACCAUAGUAUUUGAAAUACAGAGAACAAAAAGCUUUGUAUUGUUUUACAUGAAAUGGAAGUCAGAUCUGCUGUUUAAUUUCAGGAGGCAGGGGCUCACUUCAUUCCAAACAAAUGCUCCUGCAUAGCUUAGAAAGCUUUCAUUAUCAUUUCAUUUCUCGUACUAUAUAGCCAAGGAAGAAGAAAGAUGAGAGAGUUGGUGCAAAAUGUAACCUGUUGUCAACUCUGAAACAAGCAAAAAUCAUUUUCUCUUCAUGCCAAAAAGAAAAAUUGCCAUUUCACAUUUAGAUAGGGAAAACUAUUGUCAGUGGCACUAUUUUAAGUUGUGUUUCAGGCUUACAUAUUCGAGCCACUCUACUUUGCACAAUUCAGAAGUAGCAGAGGUGCAAUAUUCUUAUAUCUGGUGUCUGUACUGGAGGUCAAACAAAAACACUCUCAUCUGAAAUUUUGUCCAAUGACUUGAAAAAUACAGGUGCUCUUGUGUAGCAUUUAUCACCAACAUUUAAAAAGGUUUUGCAGAUAAAUUUGGCCUAUAGCAAUGACUAGCUGCUUCUAGUGUUAUAGUCAGUUUGCACAAGCAUUCCUCUGCAGGAAUUUAGCAAAUACAAAUAACAUAGAGAGUCACAAUUAAACUGUCCCUGUCCUAGAAGCAUAAGACUAUGUAAUCAUAGCAUAAGGUAUGCUACUUUUGCAGUCAGCUUUGACUGAACACCUCUGUAUGAAAAUGUACUUCAUUUCUGCUGUUACACCAUUUUGGUGUACUGAAUUAACUCAUCUGAACUUCAAAAACCAGCCACUGCUGCCUACUAAAAUGUGAAAACAGGGUCAUCAGUUAGCAAGUGUUUCCCUUCAGAAUCACAGAUG